ACAGUAUGUUCAUUGGAGGCGGAUCCACUGCAUCAUGUGCUCCAGCCCACCGAACCAGAAUAUCCCAUCAUUUCACUGUUCAUUCUCCUCUCUCCACAUCCUCUCCGAACCAAAGAGGCUUCUAAUGUCCUGGAAAAACAAGAAAACAGUCUUGCAUCUGAGUCUUCGGUGGUUGUGGACAUGUCUUUUAUACUGAAGUAUAACGCGAUCCAGCUGUUUUGCAGAGAGCGCUGCUGAGAAAUCAGGCAUCAGCAUCAUCCAGGAUGUCUCUGAUGUUUGGGAAAGCAAGAACUUGCAACAUUGUCACAGUUCCUGAGCAUGAGCCUUCGGAGUGUAACAUAGUGAUUUUGGGAGCUAAUGGAUCGGGAAAGUCAGCACUUACAGUGAAAUUCCUCACGAAGCGCUUCAUCAGUGAAUAUGACCCAAACCUUGAAGAUACCUACUCUUCAGAAGAAGUUGUGGACCAGCAGCCAGUUCUGGUUAAAGUGAUGGACACGGCUGAUCAGGAUGGACCAGUCAACUGUGAGCGUUAUUUAGGCUGGGCCAAUGCCUUCAUCAUUGUCUACAGCAUUGACAACCGGACCAGCUUUGAGGCCUGCCAGCAGUACUUGGAGGCUGUGACUCUGUACUCAAAAGGCCUGCAGCCAGAAGGUCCUGUCAUUCUUUUAGGAAACAAGGUGGACAUGGAGAGAUACAGACAGGUGAGCAAGGCGGACGGUGCCGCUCUGGCCUUGCGGUUCGGUUGCCUGUUCUUUGAAGUUUCUGCCUGCUUGGACUUCCUGUCCGUUCAGCAGAUCUUUCAUGAAGCUGUUCGAGAAGUGCGACGAGAGACAGAGAGGAGUAUCCGUCCGCUCUUCAUCAGCGAAGACAAGUCUGCGAUCAGCUUGUCCUCCGCCCCUCCGCUCACCACCUGCUAUAAAGAGCUGCCCACCCCAGCCACUGCUAAGCUGGUUACGGUCAAGUCCUCGAGAGCUCAGAGCAAACGCAGAGCCCCCACGCUUACACUGCUCAAGGGCUUCAAGAUCUUCUGAUGCUUUGCCUAGAGUAUCUACAAGGAGGAAUGCUUGUUUUGAUUUCGUAUCAGCUCAUUUAGCAUGAAAACAAACAGGACCUGAAGGAUUACAACAUUUCUCAUGAACUUGAGAUAGCGGUAACUUUAUGAAAAGUACAGUAUAUGAACAGUAUAUCAGAGUGCUAAUGAAUGUCUUGGUUAGCAUUGCUGAUUAUAUUGUUAUAAUUGUUGAUUUCUUUUUGUUUUGUUUGUUUCACCAAUUUUUGCACUUGUAUUCUAUUGUGAUAAAACCAAUUUCCACUUGAUAUAUUAAUUUUACAGAAA